AUGAAGACAGUUACAGCAGUGUAUGUAUUUGCUGCGUGUCUGGUCGGGUGUCUGUGCACUACCCCUAAGCUGAUACAGACGGGGAGUGGCUUCACUGUGAGUGUGGAUGGGGAUGACUGGUUCAAGAGUGGUACUGUCUCUGUGCGCUAUGAUGGAGCAUGGUGGAGCUCCACUAACAAGAUGACCAACGUCCUCAAGAGCUCCCCUCCGAGUACAGCAACUGGACGAGACACUUUCGGCGACUACGAAGUCACCACUGUGGAUUGGGAGCCCUCUACCACUGCUGGGCCCAGAUUACAGACUCUAUCCUACAAGUAUUCGGACAUCCCCGAUCUGUUUGCAUUCGAGUGUGUGUUUGUGAACGGUCUCAAAGGAGCCUCAGUUGCAGAUGUUUUCAAUCAAACCCUCUCCACUUACCCGUCCCUGAUCAUAGAGAAGGCUGACAUGGAGCGAGGCUGGCUCACAUGGGCAGGAAACAUGGCGAAGGAGCUGCUGACUGGUGUAUGGGGUAAGGAUGAUGUGUACAGCAAUAUUGAUGGUGGUUUCCCUCUGGUGGUGUUCAACAAGGCCAUGUCCAAAGCCAUAGUCCUGUCUCCUCUAAACACUCUCAUGUCAGCCAACCAGAUGACCUUCACUGACACCAACACCAAGGACAAGAUGGUCACCUUUGGACCACUCAACACCAUUGACACGGUCCCUGCUGGCUAUCGUUUCCAGACAGUGUUUGUGUACGGUAACAGUGUGUUGCAUGCAAUGAAGCGCUGGGGUGAGCUGAUGAGAGGCUACUAUGGCAAGGAGGCCAGCUAUCGUCAGAGUGACUUCAGUGUUAACUAUCUUGGGUAUUGGACUGACAAUGGAGCCUGCUACUACUACAACACCAGCAGCAAGUACUCAGACUAUGAGGAACUACUCAAUGCAGUCAAGACUGACGCUGACCAAUCAGGCCUGCCAUACAGAUACAUGCAGUUGGACUCCUGGUGGUACUAUAAGGGCUCUGGUGGUGGUGUGAGUCAAUGGAUCCCUCGUAAAGAUGUGUUUCCUAAUGGUAUAGAGGCUGUAGUCAAGAGCACUGGCUGGAGGGUACAUGCACACAACAGAUGGUGGUCUCCAGAAACACCUUACGCCAAAGACUACUCGUUUAUUGUGGAGGACAAGAUCGCACUACCAAUAGACCCAACAUUCUGGGACUAUCUGAUGUCAUCCUCUCAGUUAGACUGGGGCCUCAUGGUUUAUGAACAGGACUGGCUUGAUAAUCAGUUCUCCAGGACCAAGGCUCUACUGACUGAUCUUGGCCUCGGGGAGAUGUGGCUCAAGCAAAUGGGAGAAUCGGCUAUGAGAUAUGGAAUCACAAUACAAUACUGUAUGCCUUGGACACGACACGUUCUCCAGAGCUUGGCUAUUCCAGUGGUGACUCAGAUUCGUGUGAGUGAUGACUAUGAGCCUGGCAACUCUCAGUGGAUCAUUGGAGACACUACCAUCCUCGCUCAUGCUGUAGGGCUAGCAGCAUUUAAAGAUAACUUCCGCACGAGCACUUCCCAGCCUGACUGCAAGUCCUAUGGUCACAUGACUGAGGAGUACCCUGCCCUGGAGACGUAUGCGGCAGCUCUUAGUGGAGGGCCAAUCGGACCCAGUGACAUGAUAGGGACUGCCAACAAGACACUCAUCAUGGCUACCUGUAUGAAGGAUGGCCGCCUCCUGAAGCCCACCCAUCCUGCCAUGAGCAUCGACAACACCUUUGUUCAAAAAGCAUUUGGAUCUGGAGGACCUAAUGGUCAGCUGUGGGCCGCCUUCACAGUGAUUGAUCAUCACUCGUGGUACUUUGUCCUCGCUGCAGAACUGACCAGCGACUACUCUCUUAGUCCUCAAGAUCUAUCUCCUAUACACUCAAUUGAUCAGCUCAUCGUGGCCUAUCAAUACUCCAUCGCCAUGGGUAACAUCACCAAAUUAACUGCCCCUUACAUCGGUGACGGUUCUCUUAAAAUCACAAAAUGUGACAAAGAAGAUUUCCAAUAUUGGGCUAUCGUGACUUUCAUGACAGGCACAGAAAAUGGACGAUUUUUACUCGGUGAACUCAACAAGAUAAUUGCUGUGUCUGAGACGAGAUUUUCUAAUUUCGACGGUGACAGUGUGCGUGUGAUGGGCGUGGCAGGGGAGGUGGUGCGUGUGACCCUGUAUGACCUCGUCAAGGAUCAAGUGAUCGCUGUGGAUUGUACCGUUGGCCCUGACGGUAGUGUCUGGCUCACCAUGGGAACCAGUGGUGGACCGCCCCCUGUAUGCAGCGGGUAGACAGAGCACAAUUAUUUUAUAUGAAACUGUAAUUCGAACAUGAUAUACAUGAACACUUUUUUUGCACUGUGUCAGUCACAAGUUUUAUUGUUUUGAUUGCAGUCAACAA